ACGUUACAGCUUGGCAGCUUUCAAUUAACAAUUUAGUAUUUAAAACAUUGUUGAUGUUUUUCAAGAAAAGUCCUUAUUGUUAUUUAAUAAAAAAGCCUUCUAUUAUUUUACUUAAUACCACGAUGACCCUUAACCUAGGAAGAAAAGAUGGAGGGCCAGGAUAUGUUGGUAUUCAGUUUUGCCAAGAAUGUAAUAACAUGCUUUACCCGCGCGAAGAUAAAAAUAAUAAAGUAUUGCUAUAUGCCUGUAGAAAUUGUGACUACAAACAAUUAGCCGAUUCUAAUUGUGUAUAUGUUAACAAAAUUAUGCACGAAGUUGACGAAUUAACGCAUAUAAAUCCUGAUGUCGUGAGUGAUCCUACACUGCCCAGAACAAAAGAUCACAUGUGCCCAAAAUGUAAUCAUCGUGAAGCUGUAUUCUUCCAAGGGCAGACAAGAAGAGCAGAAGAAGAAAUGAGACUUUAUUAUGUAUGUACAAGUUGCAAGCACAGAUGGACUGAGUGAAUAUGUUUUUUAUGUAUUGUAUUAGUUAUUAACCAAAAUAAAGAUAUUAAA